UUGCAAGCUCAAUUGGAUAUUGUAUCCCAACAGCUGGAAUCCGUGAACGAAGAAAUCACUACUUUGAAUAAAAGGCGUCAAUCAUUGUCCAAGCUACAAAAAGAGUUGGAAAUCCGGCUGAAUGCGUCCCGCCUGAAUGCCCUGUCCGAACGGUCUGAGUCCUAUUCUUCAUACGAUAAUGAUCAUGGCUUCCCGUGGUCCGAAGAGAUCCAUCGAGUUCGAUCAGAGGUGUUUCGCCUGUCCCAUUUUCGACCGCUACAGUUGCGAGCGAUCAAUGCUACCUUGGAUGGAAAAGAUCUCAUUCUGGUUAUGCCAACAGGUGCUGGGAAAAGCUUGGUCUAUCAAUUACCAGCCUUGUUGAACUACCGCAAUUUUAAAUCUUCCGAUCCCAAGUUGUCUUCAUUCAACCCUAUCACACUGGUCAUCAGUCCGUUGGUUUCACUAAUGACCGAUCAGACCAUGAGUUUAACACGACUAGGAUUACCUGUCGGCACUGUGACGGUUUUUGACGCGAGCACUCCGUUGCCGGAUCAGAAACGAAUUCUAGACCAGUUGGCUACAACCCAGCAAAAGCCAACGGGUAAUAACAUCCCUCUUCGACUGUUGUUUAUCACGCCGGAGAAAUUGGCUAAAAGUAAACGCCUAUUAAACAGACUGGAAACCGCCUAUGCAAACGGUCGUCUGGGACGAAUCGCGAUCGACGAGGUGCAUUGUGUAAGCCAAUGGGGACAUGAUUUUCGGCCGGAUUAUCAAUUUCUUCAUGUGUUGCGUCGACAGUUCCCUUCAGUUCCCAUUUUGGGAUUAACUGCCACGGCUUCUGCAGAAGUGAUUGUGGACAUUCAGACAAUGCUGAAUCUCAAACCAGAUCGAUGUCUAGUGAUCCGGUCCGGAUAUAACCGUCCCAAUUUGUAUUACAAAUUUAUUCGUAUGGACGAACUGCUUCAAGAGGAACAACGCGUACAACAAUCGAUUGCACAACGCGGUGGAUUACUGGGAAUAAUGCUUCACAAAACAGUGGAUCACAAGCCAUCAGUGCCUGUCCCGAUCCCACCGGGAGUGAAAAUUAAGGCUGUGUCCAACUGA